AUGGUUGCUGCUACUACUGUUGAUUUGACAACCCUGCCCAAGGCCUUCAUUGAUAAGAUCGAUUACUACGAGGAUCUUUUUUGGGUUACACCUGAGACUUUGAAAAAAGUUGUCACCCACUUUGUUGAUGAGUUGAACAAAGGUAAUUCGGUAAAGGGAGGGAAUAUUCCAAUGAUCCCUUCCUGGGUAAUGGAGUAUCCAGAUGGCUCUGAGACUGGUGAGUACCUGGCCAUCGACCUUGGUGGAACCAACUUGAGAGUGGUCAAAGUCAAGCUGUUGGGCGAUCACAAGUUUUCCACCGAGCAAAACAAGUACCAUAUACCUGCUGAACUCAGAACGACUCGUAACAAAGACGAGCUGUUUGAUUUCAUUGCCAAGUGCUUGGACGAUUUCAUCCAGGACCAAAACCCUUCUGGUGUUCCGGAAGGAACAGUUUACCCAUUAGGCUUCACCUUCUCCUAUCCUUGCUUGCAGUCUUCUAUUGAUGCUGGUGUUUUAAAGACUUGGACUAAAGGAUUUGAUAUUCCCGGUGUGGAGGGCCACAAUGUGGUACCAAUGCUUAUGGAGAAGGUGAAUGCUAGAAAGGUGCCUGUCAAGGUUGUUGCUCUGAUCAACGACACCUCCGGAACAUUGGUCGCCUCGAGAUACACCGAUGCUACGACAGAAAUGGGAGUCAUCUUUGGUACUGGUGUCAAUGGAGCUUAUUUUGACCGUGUUCAAAAUAUCCCAAAACUUCAGGGUAAGUUGUACAGUGACAUCAAGCCUACUGACCCCAUGCUCAUCAACUGUGAAUAUGGCUCUUUCGACAACGAGCAUUUAGUUCUUCCAAGAACUAAGUUUGAUGAGCGCAUUGAUGCUGAAUCCCCAAGACCUGGCGAGCAGGCGUUUGAGAAGAUGACUGCCGGUUACUAUCUUGGAGAAUUGCUUAGAAUGAUUCUGUGCGAGUUGUACGAAGAAGGAUUGGUUUUCAAGGACUACAAACCAGACUCAGAACAGAUCAAGCUUCUCCACAAACCCUACCAUCUGGACACCUCAUUUUUAGCUAUGAUUGAGGGAGACGAUGAUUUGAUUGAUUUGCCAGAGGCUUCUGCCCUGUUCUCUUCGCAAUUAUUCAUUGAUGCCACCUUGGAAGAACGUAAGCUUGCUCGCAUGCUCUGUCAGUUUAUCGGAACCAGAGCUGCCAGACUAUCCAUCUGUGGAAUUUCUGCCGUUUGCAAGAAAAUGAACCACUCCAAGUGUCACAUUGCCGCUGAUGGUUCUGUAUUUGCAAUGUACCCACAUUUCCCAGAACGUGCUGCCCAAGGUCUUGCUGAUGUCUUUGACUUCCCAGCACUCAAGGAAGGUGAGAAAGAAUACCCAAUACAUAUUGUGCAGGCUCAAGAUGGAUCUGGUGUUGGAGCAGCCAUUAUUGCUGCUCUUUCGGAUGCUAGAAAGGCGAAGGGUUUGUCUUUGGGUCUGAAGCUUUGA